GGUAUCUGUGGGCCAGCGACGGCAGAGCUUCUAUGUGUGAGCUGAGGAGCCCCGGCUCUCAGACUUAGGAAGUUUGGUUUCUGCCGCGGCAGUGCUCGGGGAUUCUGCUGCCGCCCUAGAGUGGCUGCAUCUCGGUGGACAAGAUUGUGGAUCAGUUGCAACAAUUAAUGCAAGUUUAUGACCUGGCAGCACUUCGGGAUUAUUGGAGCUACCUUGAGCGUCGUCUCUUCAGCCGAUUGGAAGACGUCUAUCGACCUACUGUCAACAAGCUUAAGACCAGCUUGUUCCGUUUUUAUCUCAUCUAUACAAUCCAGACGAACAGAAAUGAUAAAGCUCAGGAAUUCUUUGUGAAACAGGCCACUGAACUCCAGAACCAAGCAGAGUGGAAGGACUGGUUCAUUCUACCUUUUCUCCCAUCUCCAGACACCAACCCUACCUUUGCCACCUACUUUUCCAGGCAGUGGGCUGACACUUUCAUCGUGUCCCUUCACAACUUCUUGAGUGUCUUGUUUCAUUGCAUGCCAGUGCCAGUAAUCCUGAACUUUGAGGCCGAGUGUCAGAGAACUUCUCAGGUACAAGAAGAAAACGAAGCUCUGCGUCAGAAGCUUUUUGCAUUGCAAGCAGAAAUCCAUCGGAUGAAGAAAGAAGAGCAGCAGCUUGAGGAGGAAGAGGCAGCGGUUCAGCACAAACUCCCUCAUUAUGUGUCCAGCAUGGACCGCCUGGGAGACUCCGAGCUUGUCAUGGUAUGCAGCCAGAGGAGCACUUCACUUUCCCAUUCCCCCAAGAUGAGCUUCUUCUCUGCCCUGUUGCCCCAGAGUAAGAAGAGUCCCUCCAGGGUGUCGUCAGCUCCUGGUCCCCCUCAGGCACAGUCUUCUGGGAAGAAAGAAUUAGCUAACAAUCAGAUGCUUAAAGGAAAGGAAGUCACAUCAGGAGUCAAGGAUGGAAAGAACAUCUUUAGUGGAUUAUCAACUGGAGAGCCCAUCUUGACACAUCAUCGACAGAAGCGCCUGCAAGAUCAUGGCAAGGAAAGAAAAGAACUUUUAUCCAAAUCAACUUUUCAGUAUUCAGAGAAGAAAACAGAAGUCAGUGGCCCAGAGGCAGAGCCUUUCCCAGAGCUCCAUAUUGAACAAGCAGACUUGAUUGCCAGAGCUUCUGGAGCUGGCAUAGAAGGGACUGGCUUCCGACCUGAGCAGCCUUUCAUUGUUCUGAGCCAGGAGGAGUAUGGAGAACAUCACUCUUCCAUCAUGCAUUGCAGAGUGGAUUGCUCUGGGAGGAGGGUUGCUAGCUUAGAUGUGGAUGGAGUCAUCAAGGUCUGGUCAUUCAAUCCAAUCAUGCAGACCAAAGCUUCUUCUAUAUCCAAGUCACCACUUCUUUCUUUAGAAUGGGCUACCAAGCGGGACAGGCUGCUUCUCCUGGGCAGCGGAGCAGGAACUGUGCGUCUCUAUGACACCGAAGCCAAGAAGAAUCUCUGUGAAAUAAGUAUUGAUGAUGACAUGCCCAGGAUCCUAUCGCUUGCCUGCAGCCCUAGUGGGACCUCCUUCGUCUGCUCAGCUGCAGCCCCUAGCCUUGUUUCACAGGUGGACUACACAGCACUAGACAGUGGCAUCAAAGGCCUGAACCAGGUUCCUGGCAAGCUCUUGCUGUGGGACACUAAAACCAUGAAGCAGCAGCUCCAGUUCUCCCUGGAUCCAGACCCCAUUGCUAUUAAUUGUACUGCUUUCAACCACAACGGGAACUUGCUGGUCACAGGGGCAGCUGAUGGUGCCAUUCGGCUCUUCGAUAUGCAGCAGCACGAGUGUGCUAUGAGUUGGAAAGCUCAUAGUGGGGAAGUCUAUUCUGUGGAAUUUAGCUACGAUGAGAAUACUGUGUAUAGCAUUGGAGAGGAUGGGAAGUUUAUUCAGUGGAACAUCCACAAGAGUGGCCAGAAAGUGUCUGAAUAUUCCCUCCCCAUGGAUGCCACAGGCCCCUUUGUGUUGUCGGGUUACAGUGGUUACAAGCAAGUCCAGAUUCCACGGGGUCGUCUCUUUGCUUUUGAUUCUGAGGGAAAUUACAUGCUGACUUGUUCUGCUACAGGGGGCAUCAUCUAUAAGUUGGGCAAUGAUGAAAAAGUCCUGGAGAGCUGCCUGAGCCUUGGGGGUCACAGAGCCCCAGUGGUCACAGUAGACUGGUGCACAGCCAUGGACUGUGGGACUUGCCUUACUGCAUCCAUGGAUGGCAAGAUCAAGCUGACAACCCUGCUGGCUCAGAAAUUCUGAUGGGGCACAAGCCAGGGAGGCAUUCCAGGAUGCCCCCUGUGGAAUCAGUAUUAGCACGAGAUUGAGAUCACUGCCUGGGAAUGAAGAGGCAGGGGGAACACCAUUGCAUUGGGGUUUUCUGGAAAGACUGACAGGUUUGUGGUGACAAGCUACUAGCUACCUGGGGGAACUUUGGGGACAAGAGACCAAAGAAUUCUGGUUCCAGAUGCCCACAGACUAUAAUGUGGCCUCGAGCUCUCAUCAGUUUGUGGCAAGUGGCUCAGCAAGACAGACUUUGGGUGACUGUUGCUCUGGCUCCUGGGACCUAGACAGUAUUUUGUGUAUAAAUAGUUCCACUUUACAUAAGUGAACCCCUCCCCAGAUCUCUACAGAAAGCCAUUUUUACAUAAUGCAAAUUUGCCAGUGGAUGCUCAGAAGACAGGAAGAGAGACAGGAAGAGGUUAAGAGCCAGUGGAGAAGAGAGCCAGCACCUGGUUCAAGCCUGGAGAAGUAAGAGCAGUAGCAGGGGCCAGAGCCAGCCACACAAGGGCCUGGCUGCGACCGAGACGAAGACCAAUCACAGGGCAGAAGUGGCUGGGCCCGACUCUGCCUCUGGCAGAAAAGACAGGCAAUGCACAGGGGCUGGGGGUAGAUGUGCAGUACCCAGGCGAGGAUGAACCAGAGACAGACGUGGAGUGGGAUACGGCAGAAGGGCUGGGUGGUCAGAGCUAGGCACAGUCCCUUCUCUUGGCACCAGAGGUCUCAGCUAAGCCCUGGGGCAAUGGCAGAUCUUUGAGGGUCAGCCUCGGCUUUCAUGUAGAGGGUUCUUUUGCUGGUGGGUGUGGAAGGCCAAGGUGGGGUGCUGAGCCGAGGGCAAGAACUGGGGAGAGAGUGAAGUACUGAACAGUCGAGCUAAUGUAGGUGUCUUUGGAAUGUGUAUUUCCUUCAGAAUUCUUUACAUAAAAUCAAAUUUGCAUCAUGUACAUUUAUGUAAAGUGAGAACUGUGUAUAUUUAUCUAUUUCUCUCUUUCUCAAGAGAAUUUUGUUCUCGUUGUCAUUUAGUGUUUUUCUAUAGAAGUAAUUAAUGGAAGAGAAGCUGCUUCUGUAAUUCUUUUCCUGGUGAUACUUGAUUGUGACUCUUAUAUAUCAUUCAGAAAAACAGAAACAUUGUCCUGGGAAGCUUACCUGUCUCCUUACUUACCCAGGUAGAAUUAAGAUGAAGCAUGGUAGUGUGGUGUAGUGGAUAGUGCUGGAUUUGAAAUCAGCAAGAUAGGAGUUAAGUCUUCCCUCUGGUGUUUCCCAGCUGGGUGACCUUGGGCCAGUCACUCCUCCAUCUCUCAGCUUUAUCUACUAGCUUAUAUAGACUGGUGGCAAUCUGUACUAGUGGAGAGAUUUCACACAUUGAUGAAAUCUCAGACCUUUAAAUAUGUGUUACUUAAUCCGUGAGCUUUCCAUAGUAUCCAUCAGACUAAAAGGGUUUGAGGUGUUGGUUUAUUGUAGAGUUAAGGCUAUUUCUAUAACUCAGUCUGUAAUUCUUACUCGGUCCAUUCCACGUAGGCAACUGUAUGUAUGUAUGUGUGUUUAUGUAUAUACAUAUAUAUAUAUAUAUGUUUAUAUAUAUGUGUGUGUGUGCUUUCUAUACCAGUUACUCCCCCUGGACUGUUAGGAAAGGCUUAUUUUUCUGCUUAGAAAGCUUUGUGAGGCUAUGUGGGAAAGAUGUGCAGCAGAUCUGAAGUGAUGCCAAGAGCCUCUGGUUUUAGCUGUCUAUCUAGCAGUCUGUGUCCAUUCAGCUCCUAACAGUAGUCUUACGCCUUCUGGCUCAUAAGGUGGAAUAGCACCAGGCCUUGGCUCUCUGUUCUAUUCCCCCUGUCUCCUGUGUACAGAUAGAGGAACACCGACUACCCUUUUGCCAGUGAAGGAAUAGAGAAAGAUAGUGAUUUGUCUAGGUUGUGAACUUCGGUGGCAGAGCUCCGCCUAGAAGCCAGGUUUCUUGUUACUCAGGUACCAUAACUAAGCUAGUUUGUUCAUCAGUUAACAAGCAGUAAGCAGGCCUGAUACAUGCCUUUGAAUUCCAUGUUUCCUAGGCAGGCUUGUUUGUUAAGGGUGGAUAGCUCUCUCCUCCUUUUCCAUAGCCUGUGGGGAAGAGAUAAUAGCCUAUUGGUACUCUUGCCAUAGCUAUCCGAGUGAGGACUGGAGUCGGCAGAUCUGGAACUAUCUAGAACAGAUGGCUGAAGAAAUAAUUUCUAGCAUCUACAGAACACUUAAAAGGUCUGCAAUGUGCUUUACGUGUAUUCUCCUUCCAGCCUUACAGAGCCCCUGUGAGGGUAGGUACUAGUUGAAAAUGUUAUGAAAUAGUUAUCCCUUUUUACAGAUGAGGUUAAAUAAUUUGGUCAGGGUCACACAGCUAGUAAAUGUCUGAGUCUGGAUUUGAACUCGGGUCUUCUUGACUCUUAAGUCUAGAGCUCUUUCCACUCUCUAUCCACCUAAUAUUGCCAUUGAAUUGGUUCAUUAAAGGGAUCAGUGGGAAGUUCUCGAGGCUGACAAAGUAUAAGCACAAGUUAAUAAUCACCACUGCCUGCGUUAGGCUGGUUCUAUCCCAGUUCUGGGGCUUCAGCUCUAGACUUGAGGGUAUCCUCAGGUUUCUCUGAUGGCUACUAGGAAGAUAGUGAGCAAAUCUAGGGCUUUGUCCUUUUGGGGAAUGAAGGAGAAGUGAAAGAAGGGAAAUACUGAACCUUCCUUUGAGCAAGCCUGAGGUGCAGUAGCAGAUUAGGGAUAUUCCAGUUCCUGGACUAUUGACCAUUUCCCUCUGGAGAAAACACCCUCUUGCCUUCUUCGUGAAGGGCAUGUUCACAUCUUGAAAUCAUGUACUUUGUUUUCUCUCCAGGCCACAUAUUUUGACUCUUCCCCUUCCCUAAGUGUUUUUCAGAGGAAAAUAUUUUCUUCCUGUAAUUUCUCUGUUGAAAUGGUAACCUUGAUUCAUCUGUAGCUAAGAAAAUACAGCAUAGCAAGUAGAGUGUUAGCCUUGGAGACUAGUAGAUGAAGAUAAGAUUAUGUCUGACCCAGGGCAAGUCACUUGACCUCUUGAAUCUCAGGACACUUUAACACUUACCUCCCAAAUUAUUGACAGAUUGUAAUCUAUAUUGGUGUUCCACUGACAAAUCGCAGACCCAUCAUAUAUCUAGUUAAAUGGAUAGAUAUGCUAGCUUGAGGGGAAAAAAAGUCAUGUUCCUAUUCUAAAACUCCAAUUUAGAUGGACCCUUCCUAUCUAUACCCACUGUAAGUAUCCUAGUUCAAAUUCUCACCACCUAUUGCUCCCCUCUCCAAUCUAUAUUACACACUGCCGGUUCAGAUUGUAUUAAGGGGGCUUACACCUUUGCACUAACCCCUCUGUGACUUCCCAUUACCCACUUAAUAAAGUGCAUACUCCUGGACACUGGCAUUCAAGACUCUUUACAAUUUGAUUCUACAAGCAACCUUUUCCAGGCAACUGAACUGCCCAUUUCCUAGUCUUGUUCUUCAUUCUUUUGUCUCUGCUCCCUCUUCAAGAACCAACCUGUUACCAGCCUCAUGCAGCCUUCCUUCUCAGACUCCCUUAUUAUCUUCCCUCAACUAUCUCCUGGCACUUUUCUGUGUGUUUGACAGGGACCUCUUUUUGCACUUCACAAUUCUGCCUUGUGUAGUUGUUAUUAGUAUACUUACAUUGUCUUCCUUCCCCUAUUAAAUUUGUAAGCUCCUUGAGGGCAAGGGCCGCAUUCUUUUUCACAUCUGUAUACAAGUGCCUUGCACAUAGUAGAACCUUAAUAAACAUUGAAUUUGUUGAAUUAUA